AUGGAAAAUAGUAUUUUUAUCGAAAAAGCAGAGGAUUCAACCAUGUCAGCUUUAGUCGUUGAUAAAGAUGACUGGAAAUGGCCAUGCUUUGAUGAAUGGUAUGAUAAUUAUUAUGGCAAAAUGGAACGUAGGAUAAAAGUUGAAAGUAUCAGCAUUAUUCCCUUCGUGGUCAUAUAUCCACGUAAUGAUAAACCGUACGUUGAAGUAAGCUCCCCGCAAUUGAUAGAAAUCUUGCGAGAUAUCCUUCCAAAUAAAAAACCAUUUGACGAAAUUGACGAUGAUGAUAAGCCCAAAGUAGCUAUAAAGGCUCAAGAUUUAUUUCUUGUACUGGAGAAACUGAAAGAUGCUAUCAUAUUUAAUCAAUUUAAUCAAAUAUUAGACAUCAUGACUGAUUUAGAGAGCACUGUCCACCUAAAGCGUCUGGUUCGGUUCCUUGAGCAAGAAUUUAAACAAACUAUAAAAGCUCGUGAAGUAAUGAUUGCACAUAAAAAAGUUUCUAGGUGUGCAUUGUCUGGUCAGCAGGUCGGAGGUAUCAUUUCCUCAGUAGAUGAGGUAGUAACAUGUGCUGGAAAAUUUUUCAAGAUAAAUAUUAAAGUGAUUAAAUAUGAUGGCGUUGGAUUUAAGCGUUGCCAAAUAGAACGCAUUAUCGAAUAUUUCAAUGGUGAUGUGAGCUUCUCUGAUUUACCUGUUGUUCCAAUUAAGCUUUCGACUGCCGAAGAGUUUCUCAAGGAAAACAUAAUUGCAAAUGGUAAACAAUUCUUUAAGCUUACUCAAGGAAACAACUAUAUGAAUUAUGAAGGCCCAUUAUUGCGCGUGCGAAAUAUGUAUAUAGAGAAAAUUAGAGCUGACGGCCGUGUCAUGAUUGAUAUUCAAAGUUUUUCAGCUAUGAAUCCCGAUUAUCCAAUGGACGAUGACAAACCACCAAAUAAAUGUGAUAUUAAAAUGUUUAAAGAAAAGGAUACUUAUCUCAAAACUGAUGAUCUUGAUAAAGAUGAAAUUUCAAAAUUUUCGGAUAUUAUUUUUGAUUCGGAUGCUCUAGAUCAUAUUGUAAUGCCUCAAAAUAAGAAAAAUAUGCUUGAAGGGUUAGUAAGCCAAUAUCGUGAUCCUGCCCACACGAUUAGUUGUAAUGGACUUGUAAAUGGUGUAAAUGGUAUAAAUAUGCCAGAGAAGUCUUUAGAUCCUAUUACCAAUAAAGGUAAUGGAUGCAUUUUCUUAUGCUAUGGCCCACCUGGUACCGGAAAAACUUUGACUGCUCAAAGUGUAGCCGAAUACCUAAAACAACCAUUAUGGAUACUCACAGUACGCGAACUUGGAUCAACUCCUGAAUCGCUAGAAAGAGAGUUAGUUAAGGUUUUAGAUAUUGCUUAUACAUGGAAGGCUGUCAUUUUACUAGAUGAAGCCGAUAUCUACCUUGAAAAACGUAGCACAAUUGAUCUAAUUCGUAAUACUAUGGUUGGAAUAUUUUUGCGUCUUUUGGAGUACUAUCAAGUUAACAUGUUUCUUCAUUAUACCAAACUCGAUCUUAAUGGAAGACGCCAAAUUUGGUCGAAAUUUAUCAAGCGUGCUGAUCUACCUCUUAAGGCUGAUGACUUUGCUAAUUAUGAUUUGAAUGGUCGUGAAAUUCGUAAUGUUCUUCAUGCUGCACGAUUGUUGGCUAAGAAUAAAGGCAAAACAUUGUCUGCUGAAAACGUAAUUGAUGUUAUAAGCAUUGUUCAAGAAUUUAAACAAGAAACUAGUAAAAUGAGUCAAAAUGAUUUUUGA